GGCAGAAACAUUUGCAUUCCAGGCUGAGAUUUCUCAGGUACUGUGUGUUGCCCUUGGUUUGAUCUACUGUCGACUCCAUGACUAACUUUAAUCCUACUAGCUGAUGUCUCUAAUCAUCAACACUUUCUACAGUAACAAGGAAAUCUUUUUGCGUGAACUCAUCUCAAACGCUUCCGAUGCCCUUGACAAGGUCCGCUACGAGUCUCUCACUGACCCCUCCAAGUUGGACUCGGAAAAGGAACUCUUUAUUCGCAUUAACCCCCUUCGGGAUCAGAAUGUCUUGGAAAUCCGUGACUCGGGUAUUGGUAUGACAAAGGCUGAUCUUGUCAACAAUUUGGGUACCAUUGCCAAGUCUGGAACCAAGGCUUUCAUGGAGGCUCUCCAGGGAGGUGCUGAUAUUUCCCAUGAUUGGUCAGUUUGGUGUUGGUUUCUACUCUGCCUAUCUGGUUGCUGACAAGGUCGAGGUCAUCACCAAGCACAAUGACGACGAACAGUACAUCUGGGAGUCUGCCGCCGGUGGUUCCUUCACUAUUGCCCGCGAUACCAUCAACCCAUCCAUUGGCCGCGGUACCGUCAUUCGUCUCUUUAUGAAACAGGAUCAGAUGGAAUACAUGGAAGAAAAGAAAAUCAAGGAAAUUGUCAAGAAGCAUUCCGAGUUCAUUGGCUAUCCCAUUCAACUCAUUGUUGACAAGGAGAUUGAAAAGGAGGUUGAAGACGAGUCUGCCGAGGCUGUCGAGGAGAAGAAGACCGAGGAAGACGAGGACAAGCCCAAGAUUGAAGAAGUUGACGAGGAGUCUGAAAAGCCAAAGACCAAAAAGGUCAAGGAAACCGUCAAGGAGACUGAGGAGCUCAACAAGACCAAGCCCCUCUGGACUCGCAACCCCGACGACAUCAACAACGAAGAGUAUGCCGCUUUCUACAAGUCACUCACCAACGACUGGGAGGACCACUUGGCUGUCAAGCACUUUUCGAUUGAAGGUCAACUCGAAUUCCGCGCUCUGCUGUAUAUUCCCCGUCGUGCUCCAUUCGAUGCCUUUGAGAGCAAGAAGAAGCGCAACAACAUCAAGCUGUAUGUUCGUCGUGUCUUUAUCAUGGACGACUGUGACGAGCUUAUUCCAGAAUGGCUUGGCUUUGUCAAGGGUGUUGUUGACUCUGAGGAUCUUCCCUUGAACAUUUCUCGUGAGACCCUCCAGCAAAACAAGAUCCUAAAGGUCAUUCGCAAGAACAUUGUCAAAAAGGUUCUUGAAAUGUUCGAGGAGAUUGCAGAGGACAAGGAGAACUUUGGUAAAUUCUACGAGGCCUUUUCCAAGAGCAUCAAGCUCGGUAUCCACGAAGAUGCCACCAACCGCGCCAAGCUUGCUGAGCUGUUGCGUUACCACUCCACAAAGUCUGGCGAAGAACUCACUUCUCUCAAGGACUACGUUACCCGUAUGCCCGAGAAGCAAAAGCACAUAUAUUUUAUUACUGGUGAGAGCAAGGCUACUGUUGAAAACUCUCCCUUUAUUGAGACUCUCAAAAAGAAGGGCUUUGAGGUUCUGUACAUGGUUGACCCCAUUGAUGAAUACUGCGUCCAACAGCUCAAGGAGUAUGAUGGAAAGAAGUUGUUCAACUGCACCAAGGAGAAUCUUGAGCUUGAUGAUGACGAGGAGGAGCUUGAGAAGCUUAAGCAGCAAAAGGAGGCAUUCGAGCCCCUUACCAAGCAGAUCAAGGAAAUUCUUGGCGACAAGGUUGAAAAGGUUACCAUUUCAAACCGUAUCGUCAACUCACCUUGCGUUUUGGUGACCAACCAAUACGGCUGGUCUGCCAACAUGGAGCGUAUCAUGAAGGCACAGGCUCUCCGUGAUGCCUCGAUGCAGUCCUACAUGCUUGGCAAGAAGACUCUUGAGCUCAACCCCGACAAUGCGAUUGUCAAGGCUCUCAAGGUCAAGGUAGAUGAAGACAAGAAUGACAAGACAGUCAAGGACUUGACUCAACUUCUCUACGAAACCGCACUCCUUUCCUCUGGAUUCUCUCUUGAGGAGCCCUCUAGCUUUGCCGGCCGCAUUCACCGCAUGAUCAAGCUUGGUCUAUCGAUUGAUGAGGAUGAGAUUCUUGCUGAUGCAGCAGACGAUCUCCCACCUCUUGAAGAUGCAGCCGUUGAGUCCAAGAUGGAAGAGGUUGAUUAAAUUAUUCUUCCCAAAGCUGUACGACCACCUAAUUUUAAAGAGCUGCAGUUUGCUCCACUUUAUGCACUUUUGUAUGCGACCCAAUGAUCCCUUCAAGUUUAGCUUUUUUAAAAUAAAAUCAUAUCUUGUUUGCCACACUUGG